GCCACCCCUUUAAAACAACCGGGAGGGUUACUCUGUCCCAGACGCUCACUGCAUCAGCAGCGGACUAGUUGCACGGAGAGGGAGAUAGGAGGGGGAUCCUGGACCGUUACUCCCAGCACUGAGCAUCUAAACUGGGAAAGGAAGGGAGCAAAAAAUAAAAAUAAAAAACAAAUUUAAAAAAUACAAGAAAAAAAAUCAAUUAAAAUCACCACAAAACAGCACGGGGCUGGCUGCUGCAGCUCAGAGUGAGGGCUAUGAACUGUGGCGGGGGUUUGCGUGCGAGACGUCUCAGCCGCCCGGGGAGCACUAUGGAAUGUGAGGGAGAGCGCACCAGCCGCAGCGGGUUGACGGAGCGCUGGUCUGCACUGGAGUUCAGUCAUUAGGAGGCUGCUUCAUGUCGCGCUGCGCGCUGUCCUCUCUUCCCCCGGCCGAACGGAGGAUGCCUCGUCUCUCUCUCUCAGCCUGCCCCUGCGUUAGUGUGGGAAGCUGAAUUGCCGCAGCUGUUGCUGGUGGGUACGUUUGGUUUGCUUUUUGUGAGGAAUCUCAGAAUCAGAGCAAUGCGGUUAGCCACGAGGAGAGCUGCUGGAUUUUACAAUAUUUCUGGGCCUCCAGUAGGAUGUACAGUCUUUGCAGUGUGGCAUGGUCACAUUUAAAGGCAACUCAAUAAACUCAUUCAUCCUGUCACUCAGGGUGGACACUUAAAAAACUUUUAAGUGUUUUUUUUUUGUGUAUGUUGUUGCUGCUGGAUUUUUAACCAGUUCAGCUUUAUUGUGUUUUGAAAGCAUCGCCGAAACGUUGCCCUCCAUGGUUUCUGCCCUAUUCAAGAGCCUCCCAUUUUACAUUGUAAAGAUUUGCAAAGGAAUGUUUACAAAGAAAUUGGCAAAUCCCACAAAGAAGAAAGAGAGCAGCGAAAAUAAAAAAGAUCCUAAAUUGACCCUGGAAACACAUGCACGGAAUCCGACUUUCUCCACGGCACUAAAAAGCACAGUCAAAAAAAUCUCCAAAUGCUCCUCGGCUCGCAACAUAUCCCUUGAGGAAGACGACAGAAAAAACGAUCCCUCGUCACUUUCGCCGACAUUCAGUUACCGUGUGGCAAUAGCUAACGGACUUCAGAAAAACGCUCUUUUAAUUAACAAUAAUGACAGUCUCCUUCAAGAGGUCCUGUCCAUUGAUAGCAGUUAUUCUGAGUCUCUGAGCGAGGUGAAACUUGGCCAUAGAUUCGAUGAACAAAAAGCUCUCACAAUGCCGGUAAGAAGGAACAGGAAGAGUCUGACCAGUCUGGCGCCCUCUGAUGGAAGUUCCGAGGGUGAACGGGUGGAGCGCAGCAGUCUGCACACCCUACGACUGGGGGCUUUGCGAAAGCUGAGGAAGUGGAAAAAAAGUCAAGAAUGUGUCUCCUCGGAUUCAGACGUGAGCAACUGGCGGAAGACCCUAGGCAUCCGGAGCAAGUCUCUGGACAGGGCUGGACGGCAACAGAAAACAACCUCUCUGGAGCCUGGUUCAAGCUCCACGGGCUGCAUCAGCCAGACUCAGGACGUCAUGGAGAUGAUCUUUAAAGAGCUGCAGGGCAUCAGCCAGAUCGAGACGGAGCUCUCCGAGCUGAGGGGCCACGUCAACGCCCUCAAAAACUCCAUCGACGAGAUCUCCAGCAGCGUGGAGGUGGUGCAGAGCGAGAUCGAGCAGCUGCGGUCAGGCUUCGUGCAGUCCAGGCGGGAGACGCGCGACAUACACGACUACAUCAAGCACAUCCGCCACCAGGGCAGCAAAGCCACUCUGAGGUUCCUAAACGUGCCUGAGGAAAAGUCCGAGAAAACAGACUGUGUCAUUUACCAAAUCUUGAAAGAGAAAAUGGGUUUUGCAGAAGCACAGAAGACACUAAAAAUUGAACUCGCCCAUCGGUUAGGGCAACAAAGAGAAUGUCCCAAUGCCAAGCCACGUCCUAUCAUCGUUGUCUUCUCAAGCUCCCAAGACAGAGAUUUAGUUUUGAAAAAAUGUUACAAACUCAAAGGCACCGGUAUUUUGGUCUCUACCGAUAGCCUUGUGUACGAAGCAAAAGAGAGGAAAGAUAAAGGGAUGACCUCAUCACAAACUUAUGAAAGCAUGGACAUCAAAGUGUCCACAAAAGAGAAGACAGACAUUGACGAUUGGGACUCUAUGGACAGUGAUAAGGAGUUAGAAGACUUGAAUAGGAACAAAUAUGCAGUGGUGACCAAGGCCCCGCACAAAGGCAAGUCUGACAAAAAAAAAUCACAUGAGAGCCACAAGCGAUCCGCUGACAGCACGUUUUCAGGCUCAGUGCAUUAUGCCGAUGACACGGGGUACGAAGACCACGACAAGCAAACAAAGCCUUAUUACACAGACCUAACUCCUGUCUGGCUUUCCCAGAGCGACUACUCGACGCCCAAACUCAGUCGCUCAGAAUCGGACUGUUCAAAACUGUGCCAGUCUUACUCCGAGGAUUUCUCCGAGAGCCAGUACUUCAGCAGGGCUAACGGCUGCUCCCUCCUGUCAUCUUCUGAUCAGGAGCUGUGGCAGAGGAAACAGGAGGACAUGGCGUCCUCCUGGUAUGCAAGCCCACCCAGUCAAACCCUCAGCCAGGAAAACCCUCCUUUCGCAGAACCCAACGAGGCGGAAACGACGGAGACCGUCGACAGCGGCGUGAGCAACGGGGUGGUCUGCGCAUCAGGUGACAGGAGCCACUACAGUGGUUCCCAGCUCUCUUUGCAGGGUGACCUUUCACCUUGGAAGGACUGGCAUCAUUUGGAGCAGGGCGCUGACUCUGGCCUGGAUGCAUCAACUGAACAGAAUUUGGUGUCAGAGGUCAGCAGCCCAUUUGACCCCUCAGCUAACCCCGGUUUCCCUGAAAACAUUACAAAAUGCCAGGAGGUGGACUUGCAGUUUGAAGGUGAGAACUACAUGACCCUCGAUAGCACCCCUUCCACCUGCCCUGGCGCAGAGAGUGAGUCGGCAAGUCAGCCAGAUGUCCAGAGUGAUCCUUACCCAGAAGUCAAUGUGAAUCACUUUUAUCAAAAUCAGAACAAGUCCGCCACCAUGUACCGCAGUCAGAGCGAGCUCACCACUGAAAAAUCGGAGGAAGUGCCCAAAUCCUGGCACAGCCGGCUCAGCAUUGACCUCACUGACAAAACCUUCAGCUUCCCAACAUUUGGUUCCACCCUGCAGAGAGCCAAAUCCGCAUUGGAGGUGGUCUGGAACAAAAGCUCCCAGAGUGUUAGCGCCACGGAGGAACCUGGGAACACUUCGUUCAUGAGCCGGUUCAGGACUUUAUCCCAGUCUACCGCCAAUGACUCCAGUACCACCAUCGAUUCAGAUGUGUACACUGAACCAUUCUAUUACAAGGCAGACGAGGAGGAGACCAGUGAGCAACCUGUGGAUAACGAGACACAUUACGUGGAAGUUAUGGAACAGGUGCUCGCUAAUCUGGAAAACAGGACAAAUGCAAAUGAACCAGAGGAACAGGGACCGGAACAGCAGGAGGAGGAGGAGGAAGAAGAAGAUCAGCAGGAAGGGAACAUUGUGUUGGAAUACGAUUGCAGCUAUGAUGAGCAGUACGAUGAAGAGUACAGCGAGGAGUAUGACGAGAACCAAGCAACGGAGGAAACGCCGGAGUUCGAAUCAAUGGCCUACAUGGAGGAAAUGGAGGAAAUGGAAGAAACUGAAGAACCUGAGGAGAAGUCAGAAACAGCUGAACAGCAGGAUGAAAACCAAAAUGUACCAGCUGAAGCACCAGUUGAAGCUCCACCCAAAAAGAGGAUACGACCGACUUUCAAAGAAGUUGCUCUGAGAGCAUACAGGAAACAAAUGGCUGAGCUAGAAGAGCAGAUUCUUGCUGGAGAUAGCUCUGCUUUGGAUGCACAGGCACGCCUUGUUAGCGGCAAUGCCCUGGAUCCAUCCAAACUCAUGGGCAUUCAAGGUGCUGGAGGGCCCGGCAGCAUACUUUAUGGUAUCGACAGCAUGCCGGAUUUACGGCGCAAGAGAACUAUGCCCAUUGUCCGAGACCUGGCUUUGACAUUGGCUGCUCGAAAGGCAGGCAUAUCAUUUGCCCUUGUGACCCGAUCCUCCUUAAAUAAUGAAGACCUGAAACUGCACGUCCUCAGGAAGACCCUGCAGGCCAUGAUUUACCCCAUUUCGUCCACCACGCCGCACAAUUUCGAGGUGUGGACGGCGACGGCGCCCGCGUACUGCCAGGAGUGCGAGGGCCUGCUGUGGGGCAUCGCGCGCCAGGGCAUGCGCUGCUCCGAGUGCGGGGUCAAGUGUCACGAGAAGUGCCAGGACCUCCUCAACGCAGACUGCCUGCAGCGGGCCGUGGAGAAGAGCUCGAAGCACGGCGCCGAGGACAAAACCCAGAACAUCAUCAUGGCAAUGAAGGAGAGAAUGAAGAUCCGGGAGAAGAACCGGCCCGAGGUGUUCGAGGUCAUCCAGGAGAUGUUCCAGAUCUCCAAGGAGGACUUCACCGCCCACCUGAAGGCAGCCAAGCAGGCGGUGCUAGAAGGCACAUCGAAGUGGUCCGCCAAAAUCAACAUCACCGUCUUGUGCGCUCAGGGUUUGCAAGCCAAGGACAAAACUGGCUCGAGUGACCCCUACGUGACCGUGCAGGUGGGAAAGACGAAGCGGAGGACCAAGACCAUCUUUGGGAACCUCAACCCUGUCUGGGAUGAAAAAUUCUUCUUCGAGUGCCACAACGCCACGGACAGGAUCAAGGUGAGGGUGUGGGACGAGGACGACGACAUCAAGUCGCGGGUGAAGCAACACUUCAAGAAGGAGUCGGACGACUUCCUCGGACAGACGAUCAUCGAAGUCAGGACGCUCAGCGGCGAGAUGGACGUGUGGUACAACCUCGAAAAGAGGACUGAUAAGUCUGCAGUGUCCGGUGCCAUUCGGCUGAAGAUCAACGUGGAGAUGAAAGGAGAAGAGAAAGCGGCUCCGCCCCACGGCCAGUACACGUGCUUACACGAGAACCUGUUCCAUUACCUGACAGAGGUGAAGAACAGUGGGACUGUUAAGAUCCCAGAGGUCAAAGGGGACGAGGCCUGGAAGGUCUACUUCGAUGACGUCUCCCAGGAAAUCGUUGACGAGUUUGCAAUGCGGUACGGAGUGGAGUCCAUCUACCAGGCGAUGACCCAUUUCUCCUGUCUGUCAUCAAAGUACAUGUGCCCUGGUGUGCCGGCAGUCAUGAGCAACCUGCUGGCCAACAUCAACGCCUACUUCGCCCACACCACCACAGCCACCACCAACAUCUCUGCCUCCGACCGCUUCGCCGCCUCCAACUUCGGAAGGGAAAAAUUUGUCAAACUGUUGGAUCAGCUGCACAACUCCUUGAGGAUUGAUCUGUCCAAAUACCGGGAUAAUUUCCCUGCCAGCAACCCAGAGAGGCUCCAGGACCUGAAAUCCACCGUGGACCUGCUGACCAGUAUCACCUUCUUCAGAAUGAAGGUGCAGGAGCUUCAGAGUCCACCCAGAGCCAGCAUGGUGGUGAAGGACUGCGUACGAGCCUGCCUGGACUCCACCUACAAGUACAUUUUUGACAACUGCCACGAACUCUACAACCAGCUUCUCGAUCAGGCUAAGAAGCAGGACAUCCCUCGUGAAGAACAGGGCCCCUCCAUCAAGAACCUGGAAUUUUGGCCCAAGCUCAUCACGCUGAUGGUGUCGGUAAUUGACGAGGACAGGACUGCGUACACCCCAGUGCUCAAUCAGUUCCCUCAGGAGCUGAACAUGGGGAAGAUCAGUGCAGAGAUUACAUGGAACCUGUUCGCCAUGGAUAUGAAGUAUGCUAUGGAAGAACACGAGAAGAACCGUCUGUGUAAGAGCACGGAGUACAUGAAUCUGCACUUCAAAGUGAAAUGGUUUUACAAUGAAUAUGUCCGAGAUCUUCCCGCCUUCAAGGACUCUGAGCCAGAGUAUUCUCUCUGGUUUGAACCCUUUGUCAUCCAGUGGCUGGAUGAAAAUGAAGACGUGUCCAUGGAGUUCCUGCAUGGAGCGCUGGAGAGGGACAAAAAAGAUGGCUUCCAGCAGACCUCGGAGCACGCCCUGUUCUCCUGCUCCGUGGUGGACGUCUUCACGCAGCUCAACCAGAGCUUCGAGAUCAUCAAGAAGCUGGAGUGCCCCAACCCACAUGCGCUGGCCCACUUCAUGUGCCGAUUCGCCAAGACCAUCAACAAAGUCCUUCUGCAGUACGCUGCAAUCAUAUCAAAGGACUUCAGCUCACAUCUGAACAAGGAGAAAGUGCCCUGCAUUCUCCUCAACAAUAUCCAGCAGCUGCGUGUUCAGCUGGAGAAGAUGUUCGAGUCCAUGGGUGGAAAGCAGCUGGACGCCGAGGCCAGCGACCUCCUGAAAGAGCUGCAGAACAAGCUGAACGGUGUGCUGGAUGAGCUGAGCGGUGUGUUCGGGUCCAGUUUCAAGCCUGUUAUAGAGGACUGUGUGAAGCAGAUGAACCAGGAGCUGGUGCAAAUGAAAGGGAACGGGGCGGCGAAAAAGAGCAACGCCGCCAUGGACGCCGAAACCGUCCUCCGGCCGCUCAUGGACCUGCUGGAUAAGAAUUUGAUUUUAUUUGCGAAGAUCUGCGAGAAGACCGUUCUGAAGAGAGUGCUGAAGGAGCUGUGGAAGAUCGUGCUGAACACGAUCGAGAGGCAGAUUGUCCUGCCUCCAUUAACAGACCAGACCCAAGGAGCUCAGAUGAUAUUCAGUGCUGCGAAGGACUUGGGACAGCUGUCCAAACUGAAGGAACAUGUGAUCCGAGAGGAGGCGCGCAGCCUAACCCCCCGCCAGUGUGCAGCCAUGGACUUGGUCCUGCCCACCAUCAAGCAAUAUUUCCAUGCUGGAGGAAAUGGACUGAAGAAGACAUUCCUUGAGAAGAGCCCAGAUCUGAAGUCCUUGAAAUAUGCUCUCAGCCUUUACACACAAACUACAGAUGCCUUGAUCAAGAAGUAUAUAUGCACCCAGACCUCACAAGGUCAGUCAUCCAAUGGAUCCGUGGGCGAGCUCUCCAUCCAGGUGGACCUGAUCUCCCACCCUGGCACCGGGGAGCACAAAGUCAGCGUGAAAGUCUUGGCCGUGAACAACCUCAGCUGGCAAACGAGCGCCAUGUUCCGCCCCUUCGUCGAGGUCACCGCUUUGGGGCCUCAACUCGGUGACAAGAAGCGCAAAUUUGGCACCAAGACCAAGAACAACACCUGGUCUCCUAAGUACAAUGAAACAUUCCAGUUUAUUCUGAGUAACGAGCAUGGGCCCGAGGCCUAUGAGCUCCACAUCUCAGUGAAGGACUACUGCUUCGCCAGGGAGGACCGCGUCAUCGGCAUGACCGUCAUACAGCUGAGAGAGCUGGCAGACAAGGGGAACUACACGGUCUGCCAGCCCUUGGUGAAGAGCAUCUCCAUGGACGAGACGGGAUUGACCAUCAUAAGAAUACUCUCUCAGAGGACCAACGACGAAGUGGCCAAAGAGUUUGUACGCCUGAAGUCAGAAACAAGGUCUCCCGAAGAAGUAACGGAAAAAAAGUAAUUAAUUGAUUGAUUUUAAAAUUGGGCGUACAUCUGAGGGAUAGCUUGACUGCGAAGG